AUGCCAGAAGCAACUGGCACCUCGGCGGCCGCGCCGAAGCCCGCAGACCGUGCCGUGCCCGUGACGCUCAACGAGGCCGUCCUCGACUCGCCAACCUUCCGCGCAACCGCGACGCACUUUGCCGACCAGGUCGACGCCGUCGAGAAGUGGCUCAACGGCUAUGUGACGGCAACGUCGAAGCUCAUGGGCGGGCUGCUCUCGCUCGAGGACACCAUCAACAACUACCUCUCCAAGACGACUCCCUUUCCCGACAAUGUCAUCGACAACGACUACACCCUGCUGGCCCUCAAGCGCACCAGCGAGGGCACGCGGGAGCUCUGGACGCAGCUGCUCAGCACGCAGAAACGGAUGGAGACCGCCGUCGUCGAGCCGAUUCGGUCGUUUCUCACCGGGGAGCUGCGGAACUUCAAGGAGAUAAGGAGAAGCUUGGAGCAGACCCAGAGGACCUACGACACGACCCUCGCCCGCUAUGUGUCCCAGUCCAAGACCAAGGAGCCGUCCGCUCUUCGAGAGGACGCCUUUUCCGUGUACGAGAACCGCAAGGCGUAUAUUCAGGCCGCCAUGGACUACUGCCAGCUGGCGCCGCAGCUCCGCUUCUCGCUGGACCAGCUCCUCGUCAAGGUCUGCUGCGAUAUGUGGAAGGAGAUGAACCGGGCCCGAGACGCGGCGACUAGUGCUACGCGGUGGAGCCGAGAGCUCGAACGUGUCAGAGGUUGGGCCAAGGAGAUGGAGCUGUCGGACAACGUCUUCAGGCGAGAGAUGCAGAAUGCGAGGAAGAACAUUAGCGAUGUGACCUUUGAGAGCUUCAGGCCCUCUCGCGAACUCGAGGACUACAGCGCCUCGACCGUGGCCUUUUUGGGCUCGCGCGGACCCGUCAGCGUCCGGCCCAACGACAACGGCGCUGCCAUCACCGAGAUACAGGGCUGGCUGUUUUUGCGCGUGGCGACCGGCAAGCCUGUCCGAUAUAACUGGGUUCGGCGGUGGUACUACUGUCGCGAUGGAGUCUUUGGUUGGCUUACGCCUGGGCCCCAGGGCGUCCUACAGGGUGACGAGAUUGGCGUGCUGCUCUGCAAUGUCAAGCCGGCUCCUGGCGAGGAGCGACGAUUCUGCUUUGAGCUCAAGACGAAGAGCCGCAGCAUGCUGCUGCAAGCCGAGACACAGAAGGAGCUGAUGGACUGGCUGGAGGUGUUUGAGGUGACUAAAAAGAAGGCAUUUGAAGCUACCAUGGACCGAGGCAACAGUCCUCUGGCCGGUGGCGGCAUCGACCCGGCGUUUUCGAUCUGUGCCCCUAGCAUUCCCGAGUUCUCCGCCAAGAGUAUUGACGCGCAAAUGGGCUCAUCCGACGACACGGUGCCGAGCGUAGAGCGCUCAGCUACUCUGGCUGUCCCCGGCGCAGACGGUGGCACAUCCGCCCGGCAGAGCUAUGAUCCUAACGGGACCGUAUCUCGUCGAUCGAUAUCGGCGCUGGGGCGCGACCUGGCACGAGAGGAGGGUGAGAGCGGCCGAGAGCACGCGGCGAGGAUCAUCCAGAAGCUCGACCUUCACCGCAAAGCGACGUUCGGCUCGAGCCCGGAACCCACGCUGACGACGUCCAGCUCGUCCGGCGGCCUGACCAACAUGGUUACCGGAAACCAAAGCUCACAGCUCGUGGGGAACUCCCUGGCUCUGACGUCUUCGGGCCAGGCCAAGCUGACGGGCGUUACCCUCCCCCUGCUCGAGAACAAGCCCGGCACGCUUGCGCCCCCUACUCUGGCCCGACCCCCAACAAUCACAAGCCUGAGCCGCACCGCCGUGCUCAUCGCCGGAGAGCGCGGGCAUGUCUUGGAGGGCAAGAGACUUCCGACAUCAGUCGUGGCCAACUACUGGGGAAGCAAUGUCUGGAGCGCAAUGCAUGCCGAGCCGGCCACUGCUCCCCAGCUUGGCGAUGACGACCCCAUUGGCGUCGUGGUGUCUGAGGGCUCGCAGACACCGCUCGGCGAAGCAGCGCAGGCGAAGAAGGCUAGCGAUACUCUGCCCGCCGGCUACCCUCCGGAGCUCAAGAUACAGCACGCCCAGUUCCGACUCUUGUUCCCUAAUGCGCCACCUGAGGAGAGGCUGGUGCUUGUCUUCCGAGCCGCAUGGUCGAGCUCGCUGGAGCGGGGCUCCGAAAGCGAGCUGCUUGCCGGCGACGGCAGAAUCUAUGUGACGGCAGAGAACAUGUAUUUCUACGGCCAGCAGAUGGGCCUGGUCACAGCAUACAGCAUCCAUCUGGACAUCAUUACGGAGGUGACUGCGGCCUCUGGCAGAGACUGCGACUUCAUCUUCUUGCAUCUGGGCAAGGACCUCAACGACACAGGGUACACAAGAAUAACUAUCAAGGUGUUCCUCGAUGAUCUCCAUCUCCUCCACGCUCGUCUCAAUCUUCUCGUGGACAACCUGCAGGCGGAAGAGCCGUUGGACACUAUGGGGAUCAUCAACGCUCUGGUCAACAUUGACAAGCACGAAUACGAGAGGCCCAGCCCAAGCGCGGAGAGCUGGGAAGACGCAUCAUCCACCACGCCGAUGGACGAUGGCACAACUGCAGUACCGUUGCUUGAACGGAGCACAGGCGACCUCCCGCACCUGGUGGUUCCGGGAACCACUCCCGGCCAGAAACUGCCGGCAAAGUUGAAUCUGCCCAAGCACGAAGUGAUCUAUGAGCCGGACGAUAUGACGGAGAUGGCGGCCGAGAGGCACUUUGAAAUCAGUGCAAAGGCAUGCUUCCAUGUGCUGUUUGGCGACAAGAGCUUUGUGUUUCCGAAGUUAUACUUUGAGCAUCGCGCGAAGCAGAUUGCUCAGGGGCCGUGGUCGGCCAGUGGCAGUGAGCCCAUGCAGCGCGACUUUCAUUUCCAGAUUGACUACGUGGACGUCUUUGGCCGGUCGCAGACGGCGGACAUCCGAGACUCUCAGACGAUUGACGUGUUCAACGAUCACGUCACGUACGUGGUUACGCAUACUAGGACGGCGUGGCACCUCCCCCAUUCGCAACAUUUCAAGCUGGUGACCAAGGUGGUCAUCACAUACGUGGCCAAGUCGAGGUGUAAGCUGGCGUUUUACGUCCGUGUCGACUGGUCCAAGUCGUCCCCGGUGCUGAAGAGCCUAGUGGAUCGCCAGGCUCUCCACGAUGCGAUCAGCGAUGCCGAGGAGCUGGCGGAGCUGGCCACGGAUCAGGUCCACAAGCUGGGGUCGAGAAGCCGCACCAGCAGAGCCAUUCAGGUGUAUGGCUCGGUAGGCCAGCAGACGCAGACGGUGAUAUUUUCACCGGCGCCGACCGACGCGAGGAAGAAGCAGGCCAUCAAGCCUCGCACGCUCACAGCCAUGCUGUUCGAGACGGUGCGUUCCCUCGGCGAGAGCAUGGUUUCGUCGGUCAUUCUGUGGAUCAUUGCGGCGGUGAAGAAGAUAUUUGACGUCGUGACCGCGCAUCGACUCCUGCUCCUGCUCUUGGGACUGAGCGUCUUCACCAACUUGAUGCUAUCGUCCACGGAGUCGUCGACCUGGUGGCAGGAGCGGCGGGCGGCGAACUUUAUGCGCCGGAUCGGCGUGUCGCCAAACCACAUGAUGAGCAAGGCCAUAUAUAUCGCGGACCUGCACGAGGCUUCCGGGGCCGACAAUGAGGAGCCGCCGUUCCCGCAGAACAGCACGUGUUUCGGCACGUUCAGGGAGCUGUUGGACGCCACCAGCAUGGAUUCGCCAUGGCAGGAGGCCGGAGCGUCGCUGUCUCUGCCGUCAAGUCGGGCAACCGCGCGGCGGCUGCGGAAAACGCGGCAGAGGCUGGGUAUGUAUCGGCAUGAUUUGCUUGUGGCGAUGAGGGUGGUCAACAGCGUUGAGCGAGAGGUGCUGCAGUCGGAGUGGGAGAACUGGCUGGAGAAUGAAAAGUCGCUGUGCGAUAACUUGGAUGAGAUGCUGUACGAGGAUAAGAGCAAGGGCAGCGACAAGGGCAAGGACACGGCGGACGCUUCGUCGUCGCAGAAGGCCAUGGGCUCGAUCCCACCGGAACGGAGGAGGGCGCUUGAGGCCUGGCGAGAUGACUAUUGCGGAAGCUGCCGGAGCGACCACAAGUCUGCGAUGCAGGCGAGGUUGAGCAACGGGAGCCUGAAGAGCCCUGGAAUACAGGGGCUGGAGCGCUGGAACGGGGCGCCGCCAGUUGGGUUCCACAGGCGGGUGCUGCCUCCGGCCAUGGCCCAUCACGAGCCGCUGCGAGCCCUCGGCCCAAUCGAAUGGGACCAGGUCCCCGUCGACAACCUCAAGCCCUUUAUGAACGAAGCCUUCAUCGACGCCCAGACGGUCGUUGAAUCCAUCCCCUCCACGACAACGGCCUCCGCAACGGGCGCCGCCGCGGCUCCGGCCGGCGCCGUCUUCGAGCAGGUCGAGCGGGCCCUGUCGCAGCAUCGCCAGCCGGGCUCGUCGCUGGCGGUCGCGCAGCAGCUGCGCAAGGAAUGGAAGGAGGUCAAGAUGAACGCAAAGGACAAUCCGCUCAACAUUAGCGUGUACAAGCUGGCUGCGAAGGACGGCAAGGGGGCGUGGUUUGCGAGGCGCAGUCUGCACCAUGGUUUGUCGUUUGAUGACUGGAAGAUGGGGCUCGAGAAGGAGUUUCCCGAGACGCUCAAGGUGCAGGGGUCGCCUGGGAGUGGCAAUAUCCGAGGUGUCGGGGCGGAUAGGCAUGUUGAGAGUCGAGAGGUGGAGGGUUCGGGACGCUUGAUCUUCCAGCUAUCGGCGCAGUUUCCUGGUCCUACCGCUCCGAGAGACUUCAUCACACUUCUUCUUACGACCGACUUUGAGUACAAACCUGCGGAUCAGCAACGACCACUACGGCAGCACGUCAUUGUAUCAAAGCCGUGCCUCCAUGACGAAUGUCCGCCGCGAGCGGGAAUCAUCCGCGGUUCCUACGAAUCUGUGGAGAUGAUCAGGGAGGUUCCUGUCGAGGACGAUCAGCUUAGCUCAAAGACGUCAUUGCUGUCGACAGACGUCAGCUCUGACGAUAUUCCAAGCUCUAGUUCCGAGUCGCGCGAGCGCCGACCCAUGGCCGUGGAGUGGAUAAUGAUAACCCGAAGCGAUCCAGGAGGCAGCGUGCCGCGCUUCAUGGUGGAAAAGGGCACGCCGCCGGGAAUCGUGGGAGACGCCGCAAAAUUCGUCAAGUGGGUGACAGCCCUUGCAGCGCUCAACUCCAAGAGCGCCGAAAGCCUUGUCAAGUCAGAGAGUCCAUCCAAGCAAGUCGAGACUCCGACGCCUCAGAAUGGCGGCAGUCCGCGGGCGCUUCCCACGCACAAGGCCCGUCCCAGCGAGGACCUCAAGAAGAGCAAGGCAGAAAUAGAAGCAGAGAAGAGGGAAUCGGUACAGAACAUGCCUAGCAGCAACGGCAUAUACGGCAUCAUUAGCGGAGUGUUUGGAGCAGCGUCUUCCGUCGUUGCCAGUGGAUUGCGAACGCUGGGGAGCCCUGCAGAGAGCAAUACAAGCCUGGACGACCUGGAAUCCAGGGACGAUUCGGAAUCUAGAGCCGCCGAAGAGCACGACACAGAACCCGAAAUUUCAGAUAUUAGCGAGACAUCUUCCAUACGCACAUUUAGAUCAGCCCUUGAGCGGUCCCUGACCGAAGAGGCACGCACCCAGAGUGUGGCGGGAUCGGACGAGUCCAAAUCCCAUGGAAAGCAGUUGUUGGAGAAGGAGCUUAAGAAGCUGCAAGAGAAGCGCCGAAAGCUAGACGAAAAGGCCGCCCAGAUGACGCAGCGCUUGGAGAACAAGCGGCGCGGUGGCAAAGAAAAAGACGAAGCGGUCGUGGCCAAGCUGCGCGAGAAGCACGAGAAGGAAAUUGCCAAGCAAGAGGCAAAGUACAGGCGAGAGCUACAGAAGCUCGAGGACAAGCGCGUGCACGAGGAGCGCAAGGCGGAGGCCCGCCGGCAAAAGGCCGUGGAGCGGGAGGAGAAGAUGCGGCUGACGAUGGAGCUGGAGAAGACGAGGGCCGAGAGGGACGUGGCGCUCAAGAGGAUUGAGAUCCUGUUGACGCAGGUCGGGCAGCUGCAGACGCAGAACACCAUGCUGACGGCUAAGCUGGGGAAGUUGGGGGGGUUUGAUAGGCCUGGUUCGACGUCGUCUAGGGGGUCAGGGGUGGAGAGCAUGAAGUCGUGA